AUCAAAGCACACACCGAACAGUUUUAGCAGGAAGUGCCACAUUGUUUCGGAAGGAUUGAAGAAAGGUCAAGUUUCUUUUGUUAAGAGCGGAUUGAUUGAAGCAGGCCUUGGAUAAAUCCAUAUCUUUUUUUGCUUGGCCACGUACAGUGUACAUCUUUUGACCAAAACAUUUAUUUUUUUAUUUUCACUAAAAUACACGCCUGGUUUCAACCGAAGCUUGUUCCGUAGAGUACUAGACAGCCUGUAAGCAGCCCAAGAAAGGAAGAUGUUUGAAUCAGAAGACGAGGAUGUUCUGGAAACGGUGCUGCGCUAUCAGCUGCAGCAGCCUGCAUUGUCACCCAUAACUACUACGAUGGCUAGCGUCGCUGAAAACAACAUCUUUAGCAAUGAUAACGCAUUUUUCUCCAAUAUCUUGCUUCAAAAGUUGGCCCUGUUAAGACACAGUGGACUCUUCAACCACGUUAGUGAAACGGGGCAGGCGGCUGCAAGCACCUCAGGUGGCACUGCCACUGUUGUGGAGAAUUACAACGACGACGACGGCGACAACGACAACGGCUGCGGCGGCGGCGACUACAACGACGACGACGACAACGACCAGCAAAAUAACAUGUUGACCAUGGAAUCUGAUAUGAAAGGGGGUGGCAUUCUACAUGCCACAAUGCCCCCGCACCACCCAUCGUCUCUGCAUGGCCACAGUACCUCGCCGUAUGGGGCGCUGGGAUCGCUAAGCAUGAUGAACACCGGUCUGUCGCAGCUUUCCUCUCAUCAGACGUCUGCCGCACAGCAACAUCACCUGGUCGGGGGCGGAGGUGGUGGACAUCAGCAACACCAUAUGAGCCACGGUUUGAGCAGCAACAACAGCAGCAGCAGCAGUAACAACAACAACAGCAGUGGCUACGGAAGCCCCCUGCAACAGCCGGUGUCCGGUCUGAGUCCGACCGGUCUCGUCUCAGGGCAAGGACACUCGCAGCACAGUUCGCCGACGGGAAUGACUACUACUGGCCAGCAUCACAUUACCGCUGGCGGUGGCCACCAUCACCAUCAUCACGGUACCGGUGGACUGUUGGGUGUGAAUCACAACAACAACAACACGAGCAAAGCAGCCCAACAAAACGCCGAUCGCGUAAAGCGACCCAUGAACGCAUUCAUGGUUUGGUCCCGAGGUCAACGGCGAAAGAUGGCCUCCGACAACCCGAAGAUGCACAACUCGGAGAUCUCGAAGCGACUUGGGGCGCAAUGGAAAGACCUGUCCGAGACGGAAAAGCGCCCAUUUAUCGACGAGGCGAAGCGGCUCCGUGCGGUACACAUGAAAGAGCAUCCGGACUACAAGUACCGGCCGCGCCGGAAGACGAAGACGUUGACGAAAGCCAAGGAAAAGUAUCCGCUCGGUGUGGGCUCGUUGCUGGGCGCUGGACAAACGAACGAGGGCAGCGGGAUGCGCGGAAGUGGAUCGUCGACCACAUUGGCCGCGCAGCAGGCGGCAGCAGCAGCGGCUGCGGCGGCAGCAGCCGCAGCGAAUCGUGAUAUGUACCACCAGAUGCCUCCAAAUGGCUAUAUGCCAAAUGGAUACACGAUGAUGCACGAUCCGUCAUCGGCGGCAGCUUACCAGUCUCAGCAGCACUACAUGAGCAAUUACCAUCACCACCACCGGUACGAAAUGGGGCAGAUGGCGGCUGCGGCAGCAGCUUCCGGCACUACGGCUGGAUCCCUGAACAGUUACAUGAACGCCGGUUACGGUGGAAUGUACGGUGGAGGAAGCGGUGGAGGCGGAGGAGGUACCGUAUCUGGUGGUCAAACCUCUCCCUACGGUGGCAGCGGAGGUGGACUGCAGCAGCCCGGUUCGCCGUACAGUACGACAAUCCAGCAGCAGCCCGGAUCCCCGUACGGACUAAACCACCAGCCCGGAAGUGCGUUGUCCUGCCAAAGCCACAGUCCCAGUGAUUCGAGCGUGAAAUCGGAACCAGUGUCACCCAGUCCGAUCGCGUCCGCCACCAACAACAACUUAACCAUGAAGCGAGAAUAUAUAGUUGGCGGAGGCCACCAGCAGCAAUCGACGGCAGCCGAUUUGAGUCAUUUGAUCAACAUGUACCACGUUCCGGAUAUGCAGCAGACGGGUGGUUCAGAUUUGCAGCAACAUCAUCGCAAUCAUCUAAUGCAACACUACCAUCAGCAUAAUAGCAGUGUGUCGCCCGAUCUUCAAUCGCAGCAUCAGCACCUUCAGCAGCACCAGCAGGUCCAGCAACAGCAACAACAACAGCAGCAGGUUCUGCGAUCUAUGGCACCGAUCUCACACAUGUGAGAGUUGGCCGCAACCGCGACGGACCUCUUGGUGCACCAUCAUCACCAACAGCAACAGCUUCGUGUGUCGAAAGCACUGGUAUCAACAUCGCCAUCCGCUUCGGUUACUUCGACGGCGUCCACCAACCAUCAUGCGACUGCGACAGUUGCUGCAGCAACGCCACCAUGCAACUCCAGGAACAAUAGUAAUGACAGCAGUACUCCCGCUGCACUAGCAGGAAGUAAUG